AUGAGUUAUGCUCUCUUAUGCGCAAGCGCUAAAGAACGUGACAAACCGUACAUCGUCGAAACCAGGUACGCAUUUGACUUGUCGCGGACGCGUACAUGAACGCGUCCGACGGUCGUUGGAACUCAUGACAACUUGUCGCCGACCAGUCCGCGGCUCGUCCACGGGUCGGAUGGAACAGCACUUUUCAACUGCGCAGGCUGGUGACUGUCAAUUGGCAGUCAAAAGUGCGGUUGGAACGAACCUAUUGAUAUUACGCUUCAUAUAUAUUUUUAAGAACUGAUUCAUCUCAAUUUAAUUGAAGUAUUGCACGCAAAAAUGUAUGGAACAGAAAAAAAACACGAAUCAUAACUUAACCUAUAAGUUCAAAGCGCUGUCAAAACAAGUUCACGUCGGUUGAGUGUCCCCGAGAAUGGUGGUCGUCCGUAUUUUGGAUGAACCCUUCCGAAGUACUGCUAAAAAGGACGUACUACGUGGUAAAAAUCGUUUUGUAUGCGAAAUAUCGGUUUAAAAGUGACGGCCCCACCGUGUUUUUAACGCGGACACUGUAUCUGGAUAAUAAAAUACAACAAAACGGUCGGAAACGAUAUGUGACAUAACCUAUAAAUGACAAAAUUCUCGAAGGGUGCUGCUGUGUACAUGUUGUGCGAACCUCCAAACCUUACUUAAAUGGCUGAUAAUGGUCUUGGCGGGUCAAAUCAACAGACCGGCACGUUAUUAUUACAAUCUACGAAUUUGGAAUGUAAAAAUUUAUACGAUUAUCUGAAAACUAGACCUUCUAAUUUACUUGAUAGACUGUACAAUCAUCCUGCGAUAUGUUUAGCUGUUUAUAGGGAAUUGCCAGAAAUAGCAAGACAAUAUGUUGUAAGAAUACUAUUUGUAGAACAACCUGUUCCUCAAGCUGUUAUUGCUUCUUGGUGUCAUCAAGCAUUUUCAAAAGAACAUGCUAAUGUUUGUAAGAUAUUAAGUGAUUUAUCUGUUUGGAAUGAUGCGCCAAUACCUGGUGGACUAAGUGGUUGGAUAUUAAACACAACUUUUAAACGGAACUUAAAAAUUGCAUUACUUGGAGGUGGUAAACCAUGGAGUAUGUCAUCGGCUUUAGAAGCAGACAGCAAAGCUCGCGAUGUAGCAUUUCUAGAUACUUACUCGGCGGAACGUUGGGAAUGCGUUUUGCAUUAUAUGGUGGGUUCUCACCAACAAGAAGGGAUAUCAGCGGAUACAGUGCGAAUUUUAAUACACGCUGGGUUGAUGAAACGUGACGAGGACGAUGGAAGCCCUGUGAUAACUCGACAGGGUUUCCAGUUUUUACUUCUCGAUCGCCAAGCGCAAGUUUGGCAUUUUCUUUUACAAUACUUAGACACAGUAGAACAGCGAGGACUCGAUCUUGCGGAGUGUCUUACGUUCCUGUUUCAACUCAGUUUCAGUACUUUAGGAAAAGAUUAUAGUACAGAAGGAAUGAGUCAAGGGUUAUUAAUAUUCUUGCAGCAUUUAAGAGAAUUUGGAUUAGUAUACCAAAGAAAAAGAAAAGCUGGACGUUUUUAUCCAACAAGACUGGCACUAAACAUAACUUGUUCACAAACGAAAGCCCCAAUGGCGAUUGAAGAAGAUGCCCCAAAGGGGUAUAUCAUCGUGGAAACAAACUACAGGGUGUACGCAUAUACAGAUUCUAAUUUACAGGUGGCCCUCUUGGGUUUGUUCACCGAACUAUUGUACAGGUAAAAUGGUGCUUAGUCAAU